AUGGACGUCUUACGCAACUUACAUGAUGUACCACUUUGGGUUUUGGACUUGAUCAUUCGUCGGAUACGGGGACUGUUCAACUAUGGACCAUCGACAUCUACACCAAAAGCUCUUGUUGACGAAAUGUCCGUCCAAGAGUGGAAGCAGCAAAUGCGUGACCGGCUCUCAAUCCUCGAGGAGACUAUGGAUCCUCUCAUCGCUGCAUCUAUCUACAACACCGAUUACAGCCCGAUAUAUCGCCUGCCGCCUGAAAUUUUGCUCGUCAUAAUUCGCCAGCUCUUCAACGACGCACCGACAUUUUUCUGCCUCCGACAGGUCUCCCGACUAUUCCGAGAACUCAUCAACAACAAAGAGUUCCAGGGUCAUAUAUUCCCAACGUAUUACGAAUGGGACGAUGGUCUCAACACCCCAGGUGUUCGGUAUUGGAUGAAUGCAGCCAUCAAAUUUAACGUUGCUGUAACCUACCAACGAGCAGCACAUCGUCCUCUAAUCAAGGAGAUUGGCACUCGACUUCGCAGGGAUAGGUUGUGUCUUGCAUGCCAAGAAAGUUACAACUCGAAACCAAAGGAAAAUCUACCCGGUAGAUGUAAGCUGUUUCCGUUGAAGGGCAGUUUUAUCCAUUGCUCUGGGUGCGGGCAUGAUCAUGCGCAGCCGAUGUUCUCGGUGGCUCAGCAAAGGGCGCGUUGGGACCAGCGUAUCUGUCUUGGCAGAGAAGGAUACGUUCGCCUAUGUGAGCAUACAGUAAUCACUUGGGCAGACAUCGAACCUCAUUUGAUCGAAUGGAAUGCGAAACCUCACAUGACUCUGGAAGACUGUGAUGUUACCAUCAAGUGUUGCACUGAGGAGACACACAAUUUCGGCUGCGGACAUAAGACUUCAGCACCGUUUGCCAGACUCUGGUGUGAGGAACCUGGUACAGUUAUGCUGCAGCUCACAUGGCAUCCGCACACCGGACCCUCCAAUUUUAUGAGGUCCGCGGGAGGAGAGAUCCUUGCGUCAGAGAUACGGACAUUGGCCCGAAAAUACCGCCAAAAUGCUGCCCGGUUUAUCGUUCCCGAGGAAGCUGCUGGGCACCUCCCGGAGAUGGAAUGUUUUCCCUUCGGAUAUUGCGAUUGCCUUCAUUACGUCGGACCGGACGACUGUUAUGGUAUUGAUUACUUCGGUUUAGACCAAGGUUCUUCAUCGUCCUCAACAACGUCUUCGACGACAUCCUCGACGACAUCCUCAACGACUGGCCGACAACAUGGGAGACUCGGCAUGACCAAGAGAUUUUGCGGUCACAUUCGGUCUACACUCUGGAACUACUCCCUGCGUUCACUAAUUGCCAUGAGACAAUGUCGCUCUUCAUUCCAUGACCCACGGUCGGUUUGCAUCGAGACACAAUAUACGAAAACCAUCUUCGUUGGGCACCGAAGCCACAAAAACAAUUCUCCUGGAGAUAGCUGGUUCCAUGCGUUGGACCCAGAUUCUUUUGUCGGCGACGAAAGUUGUACUCGUCUUGAGAGAUGCAAAGAUGCAUCCUGCACCAAUCACUAUGCGGCGGAUAUGGGGGUUCAUGAGUCACGCCCGGCUGCACACAAGGCGUGUGGUGAUAAUUGCAUGGUUAGUAGAGGGUCAUCUUCAACUGCAAGUAGCAUCAUGUCAGAGACUUAA